UAUUUCUAGGGUUUUACUAGGGCUUCGAAUUUCUUGGUAUGGCAGGUAUGAUCUUCCUUGCAGCACUCGCGCUUUGCAAUCUCGCCAGCGGCAGCAGCAAGCUCGACGCCAUCGGCUUCCAGCGCAGAGAUCUCUUCCCGGAAGGGAUCGACUGGGACGAAAAUCACGGCCGAUUUCUGCUAGGAUCCAUGGGCAGGGGCUCCAUUUGGUCCCUCUCCGACACAGGGAAGCUCGACCUCUUCGUGGAGGACGAAGAUUUCUCCGGAAAACACCCUGUCCUGGGCGUGAGAGUGGAUCCCUCUCGCAACAGAGUCGUCGCUGUGAUCCACAAUUUCGACGACUCCACGCCGGCCUUCGAUGCCGUGGCGAGCUACGACUUAGAUUCCAGCGCCAGGAAUUUCCUCGUCCGCCUCGACAGCAUUGGAGCUCCUGGAUCGACGAAGAAACCAGUGGCGAACGAUGUCACAGUCGAUCGAGAGGGAAAUCUCUACGUGACAAACUCGGCGCACAAUUUCAUCUGGAAGGUAACUCCCGACGGUAAAAACGCGAGCGUUUUCACCGAGAGCACAGUUUUGACGUCGCCGCCGGUGGUGACAAAGGACGAGCACGUCCGGCCUUGCGGGUUAAAUGGGAUCGUCUACCACUGGGACAACUAUCUCCUGGUCGGGCAGAGCAACACGGGCAUGCUGUUUAAGACCAACUUGCGAGGCGAUCAAGCCCACCUGGUGAAGAUCUCCACUCCACUCGUGGGUGGCGAUGGCAUGGCGCUGCGCCAGGACGGUGCUUUGAUCGUCGUCUCCAGCUCCAAGGCCUGGCUGCUGAGGAGCAGUGAUCACUGGCGAAGCGCGAGCGUGGCGGACGAGUUGCGAUUGAAUGAGACGGGCUUUGCCACCGCCGUGACGGUCCGGGACGGCCUCAAGGCGUACGUGCUGUAUAGCUUCCUGCUGGAGCUCAAGCGGGGGUCCUCCAGGAGUGACUUUCUCGUCGAGCGCGUGGAGUUCCCAAAGGACGCGUACGAUGAUCCGGUGUGGCUCAUUCUCGUGCUCGUCGUCGCGGUGGUGCUCGUCUUUGCCUGGAGGUUCCAGAUGUCUCGUUUCUUCGACGACUACAGGAGGAAGAGGCAGUGACCACUCAACUGAUCAACAGAGACGAAUAAAAGAACCGGGCUUUUACCAGGA